GGUGCGUUUUAAGUGUCAUCUUGAACUACCCUUCUCUUCCACAGUCCUACUCCACCCUAAACACCCAUCUCACCCCACCCCAUCCUGUAUUAAUGCUUCCAAUCCUCUUUGUGGGAGAGUGACGUCUGCUACUGUCAGAAACAGAGUUAAGCUCAGCAAGCACCAGGAGAACGGAGUGGAGCUCCCAGCCUCAGGGAUAACUAAGCAUUCUGCUCCUCCAGAGGGACGACUCCCUGCAACCGAGCAGAACCCGACUCUCUUCCCCAGCGUCUGCUCCUGCCUGCCUCCAGCUGGGGAACAGACAGGGAAAACAAUAUAACAUUUGAUGUGUGACGAUACCUCGACUGCUGCCCUGGCUGAGGGCCUUGAUGGCCUCCAAGGAUGUGCGCUGAAAAGCUGGAAUACAAACUCUCCCCUGGGAAAACAUCUCUGAUUUAGGAGACUUACAGGGGAUCAUCAGCUGCGUGCAAACUGCAGCAACCCUUCGUGAAGUCUUGAAUUUUGGGCCAUUUUGAUUUAACUGCUGCUUUGAAUGCAGGCAACAAAACAGAUGGCAGUACAGCUUCCUCCCAUGUCAGGUGUGUCUGAAAGGUGUUUGCGUGAACAUGCACUCAAAGCACUGGGUGUUUAUGAGAGCUUAUAAUUGAACAGCAAUCUGCGUGUGUUGGUGUGUGUCUGUUGGGAGCUACUCGGGCCAGUGUUUACUUGGGGUGUGUGCGUGUGAUUUUGUUCAUGUGUAUGAUACAAGUCAGAAGUGCUUAAAGUGUGUGUGUGAGUGUGUCUGUGUGUGUGUGUGUGUGUGUGUGUGUGUGUGGGUGAGGUGGUGGGGGCCUGUGGAGGUUGUAGCCCUGGAUUUCCUAGAGAUGGAAGGUCAUUGUUAUGACCGGUUUGGAGAUGGAGAGAGGGACAACUACCAGAUUGAUUAUCGAAGGAUUGUCGGGGACAUGGAACCAGCACGGCCACGCAUCUCAAACAGAGAUGGGGAACAACCUCCCCCCUUUGGUGCAUUUUCCCACCCAGCGCCACAUGGACACGGACAUGAGACCGCGGCCCAGCGAUACAGCGCUACACGGAUCCAGGCUGGAUAUGAACCAGAAAGCAUGGCGGACUACUUGAUCAGUGGAGGCACGGGCUAUGUUCCUGAAGAUGGAUUAACAGCACAACAGCUCUUUUCUAUCGGUGAUGGACUUACAUACAAUGACUUCUUGAUCCUCCCUGGUUUCAUAGAUUUUACCUCAGAUGAGGUGGAUCUUACCUCUGCACUGACGAGGAAGAUAACCCUGAAGACUCCUCUCAUUUCAUCUCCCAUGGAUACAGUCACUGAGUCCUCGAUGGCCAUCGCCAUGGCACUGAUGGGUGGGAUUGGUAUAAUUCAUCAUAACUGCACUGCUGAGUUUCAGGCCAAUGAGGUGCGCAAAGUUAAGAAAUUUGAACAGGGCUUUAUCACCGAUCCGGUCGUGAUGAGCCCCCGACACACUGUGGGGGACGUGUUCGAGGCCAAGAUACGUCACGGCUUCUCUGGGAUCCCUGUCACAGAAACAGGCAAGAUGGGCAGCAAGCUGUUUGGCAUCGUCACCUCCAGAGAUAUCGACUUUCUGUCUGAGAAGGACCAUGACAAACCCCUGGAAGAGGCAAUGACAAAAAGAGAAGAUUUAGUCGUUGCACCAGCUGGAGUCACACUAAAGGAAGCUAAUGAUAUUCUGCAACGAAGCAAAAAAGGUCAGCAUGUCAGAGAAAUCAUACAAAUGUGGACUAAUAAAGUGAUCAACUCUUGGACCAUUUUCUUACUUGCACUCAUUUUACACUCUAUUUUAGGUAAACUCCCCAUUGUGAAUGACAGUGACGAGCUGGUUGCCAUCAUUGCCAGGACUGAUUUGAAGAAGAACAGAGAUUAUCCACUGGCUUCCAAGGACUCCCGCAAACAGCUUCUGUGUGGGGCGGCCAUUGGUACCAUGGAGGAUGACAAAUACCGACUGGACCUUCUGAUGCAGGCUGGGGUGGAUGUGGUUGUCCUGGACUCUUCCCAAGGAAACUCUGUGUAUCAAAUCAACAUGAUCAACUACAUCAAACAGAAAUAUCCUGAGCUUCAGGUGGUCGGAGGAAAUGUGGUGACAGCUGCUCAGGCUAAAAACCUCAUAGAUGCGGGUGUGGAUGCUCUGAGGGUUGGCAUGGGCUGUGGCUCUAUCUGCAUCACCCAGGAAGUGAUGGCAUGUGGACGACCCCAAGGAACGUCCGUUUACAAGGUGGCAGAGUACGCCCGACGUUUUGGAGUCCCAGUAAUCGCUGACGGUGGAAUUCAGACUGUUGGACACGUGGUGAAGGCCCUGGCCCUGGGAGCAUCUACAGUGAUGAUGGGCUCUUUGCUCGCUGCAACCACUGAAGCUCCAGGAGAAUAUUUCUUCUCUGAUGGUGUGCGUCUGAAGAAGUACAGAGGGAUGGGCUCUCUGGAUGCCAUGGAGAAAGAUAACAGUCAGAAACGCUACUUCAGUGAGGGAGAUAAGGUGAAGGUGGCUCAAGGUGUCUCAGGAUCAGUACAAGAUAAAGGCUCCAUCCAUAAAUUUGCUCCUUACCUAAUUGCUGGGAUCCAACAUGGCUGCCAGGACAUAGGAGCCAAGAGUUUGUCCAUUUUACGGUCUAUGAUGUACUCCGGAGAGCUGAAGUUUGAGAGGAGAACCAUGUCUGCUCAGAUGGAGGGAGGAGUUCACGGCCUCCACUCUUAUGAGAAGCGGCUUUACUGAGGGGGGAGGAAAAGGAAAUGCUCGAUCAGGACCUAACGUCCCAUCUCCGGCAGCUAUAAGCAGAUGCACCGGGCACAUGUGACCAACACUUCAACACUCCAAAAUGUGACACUACUUGUUUGUGUCCUUUUCUCUUUGUCCUGUUUGUCCCAGCUUUGGCCUCUUUAAGGUUAGACAAAACAACACUUCAACCUGACUCUAAAGGUCAAUGGAGAGUCAAAGAGUCACGCCUGUUGAUGGAUACAACUCUAUAUGAACCCUGAUGAACAGCCAAGGUAUAUAGAACCUUAUCUAAUUAACUACUCUACUGAUCCUUUUCAACAAGCCAAUGCACGUCAUUACCACUUUAGAACAAGCUUACUGUUGCAGACGUAAGGACAUGAUGUCUGAAUUCCACCCUGAUACAGGAACGUAUUAAUUAAAAUUUGAAGAGUUGGAGCCUUAUAUUUCCAUGCUCAUUAAAUAUAUCAAACAGAGCAAUUCAGGAUUUGCAAGAAAAUCAGAAAGUCAUUUAUUUUAUUUACAGAUAUAAGCAUAUUACGAAAAAAAGUUGUCUUUGACAUAUUGUUAUAAAUAAUUUACUUAAAUUAAAGAACACGUACUUUAUUAUUGGGAAAAGAAACACAACAGCUCUGCUGAUGGUAAGAGCACACUCCAGAAGACUAAAAUAAUUGUGAAUUGUAUUCAGCCAUGGUCAUGUGUACUAGCAUACAGUACAUAGAGUAGUACACACAGUAGUAAACACAGUAGUACACACAAGUUAGUAUGUUUCGAUCAUCUUCCUGCACUGGUUUUGUUGAAGCUAAUUCAAUUUCUUUCAUUGUAAAUUUGACUGUAACAUGGUGAACCGUCUGCUCUGAUCAUCUGCAUGUAAAAGGAUGUUAGGCUUUAGCCUCAAUUCACCAAUACACAUUUGUGAGCACCUUUGAGGAGUAACCACAUGUAAUCUCACUUUAGAUUUUCCUUUUUUCAUCUUGUUGGGAGUUGAAAUUAUUGUAUAAAAAACGAUCUUAGAGACCAAACAGAAGAGAGUCCAUGAUUUACAUUUGAUCAUCACUCAGUACUCAUUUUUUAUACUCAUUAUACAAAUGAGUCUUAGUCUAGAAACAUUGUUAGUUAUAUGCCUAUUGAAUGUACAUAAUACAUUACACAGAUAGUAAUGUAUAUUUUUCAGGUUUAGUAUUUUUAAAUAUGAGUCAGACUGGAUUCCAAACCAAUCACUCAGGUUAGAUUUAUUUCUAUAUAAAAUAAGAGACAGCUUUAACAUCAUUUCUUAUGUUUGUGUAAGGUACUCACCAUCUUUGGUAUUGAAUAUAUAAUAACUGGCAACCAAGUGAGGAUGACAGAAUAUACAGGAAAAAUGAUUGUAUUAUUGUUUCAUCCACAAAAGGCUUCAGAAUGAUAUUUACUGUAUAUAGUGU